AAGUGCUAAAGAUUAUGAUUCAGUUAGGAUUGACGGUCACUUUAUACCGGUGGGGCAAUUGAAAGAAAAAAUAUUUGAAUUAAAGCAUUUGGGCAGAGGUACAGAUUUUGACCUUGUUGUCACCAACGCCCAGACUAAUGAAGAGUAUCUUGAUGAAGGAAUGUUAAUUCCCAAAAAUACUUCAGUUUUAAUAUGCCGCGUUCCUGGACGUCCUCGCAAGCCCAUAGUUACUGCUCCUGUGACCGAGCAAAAAGAGCCAAAUAUCGAAACUAAUUACAAUGGUGGUCAAGCUGUAAAAGGUGCUGUUGCUGGAGUAUAUCAAUCUGCUACGAAUGAUGCUGAGGAUUUUGAGUGGGAUGACUUUGGGGAUGACCUCUACGCGAUUCCUGAAUCUGCAUCUGUUCAACAGACCAUCCCGGUUCAGGAUGUUUCACCUGUUUGCAAAGAUGAUGAGGAGAGCAAGAUUAAAGCUUUAAUUGACACUCCGGCCUUAGAAUGGCAGCGUCAACCUUCUGAUGGCUUUGGUCCUGGUAGGGGUUUGGGACGGGGCAUAGGCGGAAAAAUGAUGGGUGGACGUGGUUUUGGUCGAGGUGGAUUUGAGAAGAAGACACCACCACAAGGCUACAUAUGCUACAGGUGCCAGGUGCCUGGGCAUUUCAUUCAGCACUGUCCUACGAACGGUGAUCCUACCUUUGACAUCAAGAGGGUUAAACCACCUACCGGAAUUCCAAAAUCAAUGUUGAUGGCAACUCCGGAUGGCUCGUACACAUUGCCAAGUGGAGCCGUGGCAGUUCUGAAACCAAAUGAGGCUGCGUUCGAGAAGGAGAUUGAGGGAAUGCCAUCCACACGUUCUGUUGGUGAUCUCCCUCCAGAACUGCAUUGCCCGCUGUGUAAAGAUGUUAUGAAGGAUGCUGUCCUUACAAGCAAGUGUUGUUUCACCAGCUUUUGUGAUAGAUGCAUACGAGAUCACAUCAUAUCCAAAUCAAUGUGUGUGUGCGGAGCCAAAAACAUUCUCGCUGAUGAUCUGUUGCCUAACAAGACAUUAAGAGAUACUAUAAACCGGAUUCUAGAAUCCAAUAAUAACAGCAGUGAAGAUGGCGGGAGUGCAUUUCAAGUCCAAGAUAUGAAAUCGCGCAAUCCUCAAGCUAAGGUUCCAUCCCCUACACAGUCUGCCGCCUCGAAAGUACAGCAGGUGACUUAUCCAACCCAAAGGGUUGAGAUUGAGACACUGAAAGUUGAAGACACUGUUGAAGAAAAUAAGUCUUCUGUUCUGCCACUGGUACAGGAGAAAGGGAGAACUGUAGAAGUACCUGAUAUUUCAAAAACUAUCCAUGACUCGAAAACUGUUAAGGAAGCAGUUCCACGGGGAAGUGUUCCUUUGGCUUAUGAAGAGGUACAACAAAAACCAGUUUCCGGGGAAGCAGGCAAGAAAAUGAAAAAGAAGAAAAUCCGGAUGCCUCCUGGUGCUACAGAGAUGCAAUGGAGAAACCCCCAAGACCUUGGACCAAAAAAUUGUAUGAUGUCACUAGGCCCUUCUGCUUUUACUCCUUGCUGGAACAGAGUUCAACCAGGACUUGAUGGCUUCUUGCCUCCAUAUGGUGGGCCCAUGCCACCAUACAUGGGUUAUGGGCAUCAUCCUAUGGAAGUUGCAUUUAUGGGUCCCGAUCCAUUUGGAGGGCCCGGUUGUAUGUUUCCUUAUGGCCCUCCUCAGCCUCAGAGGGACCUUGCAGAGUUGGCCAUGGGAUUUAAUUCUGGGCCAUCAAUCAUGAGUCGAGAGGAAUUUGAAGCCCACAAAGCUGAGCUGAAGAGGAGACGUCAAAUGGAGAGACGCGAAGAAAAGAAAAUGUCUAAAGAUGGGGAAUAUCGGAGAGAAGGGGGCAGUACAGGCUAUGCUACUUCACGAUCGAAAUCUAAGCCGACCCCACCACCUCCACCUUCCGACCACCACCGCCAUAACCGGCACUCUCCCGAGCGGCCGCCGCCACUCGACCACCACCACCGCAGCCGCCGCCAGCGGCGCUCGGAAUCCCCAUCGGAGCUACCGAAGGCUUCAGCAUCCGACCGGAAGCAGAAGACGAGCGUCUUCUCCCGAAUCAGCUUCCUGGAAAACGAGCCGCCUGUGGGCCCCACAGAUGCUAGAUAUAACGACAGCAGCGAUGACGAGAGGCAUUUCAAGAGGCGGCGGCGGCGGCCUGAAGAGGAGGAGCACCGCCAAUCGAGGGAUAGGGAGAGGGAACAUCAUAGCAAAGCAUAG